AUGGUACAAACUUUGGCUACCAGGGAGCCGUCUGGACCUAAUGUUACCACUCCGAUUCCUGGACCACAAAGUCUAGCGCUAAAGAAGAAAAUGGAUCCUCUCCAUCAAGCAACAUCUGUAAAAUUCUUUGCCAACUAUGAGAAAUCCAUCGGUAACUAUUUGGUCGAUGCGGACAACAACUGUCUUUUGGACAUGUUUAUGCAGAUAUCAUCGCUCUCACUAGGUUACAAUCACCCUGACUUAGUAGCUCUGUUGGCCACUCCGCGAUUUAUUUCCGCCACCUGCAGUCGACCAGCUUUAGGCUCGUUUCCAAGGCAUGACUAUCCAAAUACCUUGAAAAACGCACUAAUUUCUGUAGCGCCAAAAGGUUUCUCUUCGGUGCAGACAAUGCUUUGCGGCUCCUCAGCAAACGAGAAUGCCAUCAAAACAGCAUUUAUUUGGUAUCAGUCACAAAAGAGAGGUGGACCACCUACAGAGGAGGACUUAAAGUCAUGCAUGACUCAAAGUCUUCCAGGCACUCCAAACAUAUCCAUUUUGUCGUUCCAAGGAGGCUUCCAUGGGCGUACCUUAGCUAUGCUUUCUGUCACCAGAUCGAAGCCAAUCCACAAAGUUGAUAUUCCCGCGUUUGACUGGCCUGUCGCAAAGUUUCCGCGAUACAAAUACCCGCUGGAAGAAAACGUUAAAUACAAUCUUCAGCAGGACAAGGAAUGUCUUGCAAAUGUGGAAGAGCUGAUUGUGGAGCGUAAGAAGUCUGGCCGUGACGUCGCUGCCGUGCUUGUUGAGCCAAUUCAGAGUGAAGGUGGUGAUCAUCACGGUUCUCCAAAUUUCUUCCGUGGCAUACGUGAAAUAACCAAAAAACAUGGAGUGGUGUUCAUCGUCGACGAGGUUCAAACGGGUGGUGGUGGAACUGGCAGUUUUUGGGCUCACGACUCAUGGGACUUAGACACUCCACCUGAUAUAGUCACAUUUUCAAAGAAGAUGAUGGUCGGUGGCUACUACUACGCUGAUCACCUGAAGAUUAAAGAGGCAUACCGUAUUUACAAUACAUGGAUGGGCGACCCAACGAAACUGAUGCUUUUGGAGAAAGCCAUAGAGGUCAUUAAAAGGGACAACCUGAUCGAGAACGUUUCUAAUUUGGGGACCAUGUUCCAGAAGGGACUGAGAGAACUGCAGCGCACGUAUUCGUCGAAGAUGUUAAAUGUCCGAGGUCUUGCCCUGUUCAGUGCCUUCGACUUAACCACAGCUAAAUUACGAGACCAGCUUCUCGAGAAAUGCCUAGCAAACGGGUUGCAUGCGGGUGGGUGCGGAGAGGCCGCUGUGCGGUUCAGGCCAGCGCUGAUAUUCAGCAAUGAACACGCAGAAAUAGCCCUAGAUACGUUGAAUAAAUCGCUAAAGAUGAUUUAA